GAGCACCUCCAACCACCCGCCGCCCAGGUGCACCGGCUUCGGCAUCCAGGAGAUCCUGGGGCUGAAUAAAGAACCGUCCGCCACCCCGAGGAGCCCGCUCAGCUCGCUGCCCGCCGGGGCGCACCUCAUAGCCGCCAGGUCCGUGCUGGGCCCCGCCGGCAUGGGGGUCGGAGUCGGGAUGGGAUUAAUCGGGCCUGGUGGGAUUCCGUCGUUCUACGGCCAGCCGGCGUUUCUGGAGACAGUGCUGUCA